AUGGGACAUAUUGAAGAGGUAGAGGCUCUUGGGAAAUCUCUGACUUCUAAGACCCCGUGGAAUGAGGCAGAUGUCGAAACUUUUGUCUCGAUCCUUCGUCACCUUCGGGGUAAAUUUGGUUCCGGUGACAAGGGCAUAAGUCUGGAGGUCUGUGCUAAAACGUUGAGCGUAUUGGCUUCUCUACUUGAUGAUCUACUUAAUACUCCGAUCUGUCGGAAAUUUUUGGACCAAACGGAGGGAAGGGAUCAUUUGGUUCUCUCUGUGGCACUUCAGUGUCUUGUCAAUUGUCAUUCCUACAUGAAGACACACGAUAUGCCAACUUCCGGUGAAAUCACGGCUACAAUAACGAAUACUCUGCUUUAUAGUCCAGACGUAACCAAUUGGGUCUAUUCUCUCAAAUCUACUACGCUUAUCCCCCUAUGGCGAGCUAGGAUAGGUUAUUCGGCCUUCGUACUAAUCACUGAACUUAUCACUGCUGCUCUACAAUCUGGAAUUCAUCCAGAUUUUAAUCGGUUCCUUGAUCAUGCAGCUCAGUGUUUACGAACUAUUACUGUAUAUGGAGGAGAGAAUGUUCAGCUAAUGCAGAAUUGGUAUGAGCACACCAUACUCCUAAUUUCUGCUCUCUGUAAUGUUACUCCACGAGAAGCUUACUGGCAACAAGAUUCGAAACGCCCUGAACACGCCGUUCAACUUUCCUCUGCUCUAGGCACUAUUCUACUUCUUCACGACUAUGAAGGUGGCUUUAAGGAGAUUGACACUCCUUCUAUGAUAAAGCUGGCAGAAUUGUGUAUGAAAUUUUGUGGACCGUUGGUAAACAAGUCAUCUGCGAUGUGGAUUAAAACUGUAAUGGACAUUCUCAAGUAUUGUAUUUAUGAGACACCGUUCAGGAUUAAGCAUGAACAGGAUUAUGUGAAGAAGAGAUACGGCCCUCUUGUAAAGCAACUCCCUGGUGAAAAUCUCCCUCGAAUGCUCGGGAUUCUUCGAGGCACCGUUCAUUUGAUACUUCACCUACUUCCACCGGUCUGCGACCCUCCUAAUGCAAGUUGGUCCAUGCUGGAAGAUGAGGAUCUAUCAGAUCUCGUCUUCACGAUUGGUGAUGUGAUGGUACUUGUGGACUCAUUGUUGCAGGAACACCUUUCAAAACAGGAACCCAUCGGACCCCGAAAAAAAGCUCCAAGCCUUAUGAGCUCUAUGGCACGUCCUACAUAG